UUGAUCAUGUUGACUCUUCACUUACAGAUUACUUUGACAUCGAUACCCUCAUUUACAAAUUGUCGCCAUUCAUGACAUAUUCUUCAUAAUGACCACUGCAUUCCUUCAGUUUCUUUCCUAUUUGUUCGGUUGGAUAUACACAACAUGUUGGUCGCUAUCUUUUUAUCCCCAACCAAUCUUGAACUUUAGGCGCAAAUCUACUUCAGGAGCCGCAAUCGAUUUCCCGUUCCUCAACGUGCUAGGCUUUGCUGCAUACUUUGUAUCUACAGUCUCAUUCCUUUAUGCGCCAGAAAUCAGACGUGAAUAUGCUUUGCGAAAUAAUGGGCAUACCCCGACUGUUCAAUUCAAUGAUCUCGCUUUCGCUGUUCACGCCCUCUUCAUGUGCUUUGUCAUAAUAUCACAAUAUGAACCAUCGAUUUGGGGAUUCGAUAAACGAGGUAAAAGGGGCCCCGGCGCAAGAGUUAGCAAAUCUAUCAUGGGUUUGUCGGUAGCAUGUAUUGUUGGAGUCGCGACUUCGGUGGUUGUUGUCAUUGCGCGACAGGAUGAAGAUGUUGUAAGAGGGUGGGCAUGGAUCGAUGUGGUUUAUGUCGUAUCAUAUGUCAAACUAGUUAUCACGACUGUUAAAUAUAUGCCUCAAGUUCUUACGAAUUAUCGCAACCGAUCCACCACUGGUUGGUCAAUAGGGGGGAUACUACUGGAUUUCGCAGGUGGAGUCCUAUCCAUUUUACAAUUAGGGAUUGAUAGUUAUCUACAGGGAGAUUGGUCGGGAGUAACGGGCAAUCCAGUCAAACUCAUGUUGGGCAAUGUGAGCAUCUUCUUCGAUGUCAUUUUCAUUGUUCAGCAUUACAUUCUGUACAAAGGUAAUGGAGGUGAUACACCAUUGGAUGAAGAAGAUCCUUUACUCGCGCCGGAUAGGGAGCAGAGAAUUGAAUAGAGAGAGACGAAGAGACAGGGAGCAGAGGAUUGAUUAGAGAGAGAUGAAGAGAUAGCGAGCAUUUCUCUAUGGCGUUAUAGAUACCCAGCGGUUGGAUUAUGAAUAGAGGCGGACAAUUAGUUAUUGGAUUUCGAUGUAAGAUAUUAGCGCUUAUCUAGGUAAUUACAAAUAUAUCAUCUUGAGGAGUUGCAAGGUCAACAAUUCUUAUGCUCGCCCAAGUGGCUGGCAUAACUUCAUCAUGAUAUGCAACCCAAAUCAAUUAUCACAUCGAUUUGCUGUCGUGCACUGCUCAAUGCUUAAAAUAAGAGUUCCUAACAAUGGUCAUUUAUUGAAGAUGGAGUGGCCUUUGUUAGAAAUGGAAAUAGAUAUGGCACGGAUAUCUAGUACGGGACAGGACUAUUAACGGAUGUAUGGACUGACGGGACAGGACCAUUAACGGAUGUAUGGACUGACGGGACACAGCAAAAAUGGACUUGUGAA